AUGCUGAGUUCAGUGUGCGUGUUGUCCUUCCGCGGGCGCCAGGGGGCCGGCAAGCAGCAUCAGCAGCCGCCGCCGGCGCCACAGCCACCAGAGUCCCCGCCGCCGUCCCCGCAGCGUGCGCAGCCCGACACCGCUGCGUCCCCGGCGGGUCCCCCGCUUCCUCGCGGGCCCGGGGGCCGUUGCGCCGAGCCAUGCCCCGGGCUGCCGGCGGUGGCCAUGGGGCGGCACGGCGGCGGCGGUGGCGACAGUGGUAAGAUCGUGAUUAACGUGGGCGGCGUGCGCCAUGAGACGUACCGCUCCACGCUGCGCACACUGCCCGGGACGCGGCUGGCCGGGCUGACCGAACCCGAGGCUGCCGCGCGCUUCGACUACGACCCGGGCGCCGACGAGUUCUUCUUCGACCGCCACCCGGGCGUCUUCGCCUACGUGCUCAACUACUACCGCACCGGGAAGCUGCACUGCCCGGCGGACGUGUGCGGGCCGCUCUUCGAGGAGGAGCUGGGCUUCUGGGGCAUCGACGAGACGGACGUGGAGGCCUGCUGCUGGAUGACCUACCGGCAGCACCGCGACGCGGAAGAGGCGCUCGACUCCUUCGAGGCCCCGGACUCCUCGGGCUCCGCCAACGCCGCCAACGCCGGGGGCGCCCACGACGCGGGCCUGGACGACGAGGCGGGCGCGGGCGGUGGCCUGGACGGGGCGGGCGGCGAGCUCAAGCGCCUGUGUUUCCAGGACGCGGGUGGCGCCGGGGGACCCCCCGGGGGCGCGGGCGGCGCGGGCGGCACAUGGUGGCGCCGCUGGCAACCCCGCGUGUGGGCGCUUUUCGAGGACCCCUACUCGUCACGGGCCGCCAGGUAUGUGGCCUUCGCCUCCCUGUUCUUCAUCCUCAUCUCCAUCACCACCUUCUGCCUGGAGACACAUGAGGGUUUCAUCCACAUCAGCAACAAGACAGUGACACAGGCCUCUCCGAUCCCUGGGGCACCCCCAGAGAACAUCACCAAUGUGGAGGUGGAGACCGAGCCCUUCCUGACCUACGUGGAGGGCGUGUGUGUGGUCUGGUUCACCUUCGAGUUCCUCAUGCGCAUCACUUUCUGCCCGGAUAAGGUGGAGUUCCUUAAGAGCAGCUUAAACAUCAUCGACUGUGUGGCUAUCUUGCCCUUCUAUCUGGAGGUAGGCCUGUCGGGGCUCAGCUCCAAGGCAGCCAAGGAUGUGCUGGGUUUCCUGCGUGUCGUCCGUUUCGUCCGCAUCCUGCGCAUCUUCAAGUUGACCCGUCAUUUCGUGGGGCUGCGAGUACUGGGCCACACGCUCCGGGCCAGCACCAACGAAUUCUUGUUACUUAUUAUCUUCCUGGCCCUGGGGGUCCUGAUCUUUGCCACCAUGAUUUAUUACGCAGAGCGCAUCGGGGCUGACCCUGAUGACAUCCUGGGUUCCAACCACACCUAUUUCAAAAACAUCCCCAUCGGCUUCUGGUGGGCUGUAGUCACCAUGACGACCCUGGGCUAUGGAGACAUGUAUCCCAAGACUUGGUCUGGGAUGCUGGUUGGGGCACUGUGUGCCCUGGCUGGCGUGCUGACCAUUGCUAUGCCCGUGCCUGUCAUCGUCAACAACUUUGGCAUGUACUAUUCACUGGCAAUGGCCAAGCAGAAGUUGCCCAAGAAGAAGAACAAACACAUCCCGAGGCCCCCACAGCCUGGCUCACCCAACUACUGCAAGCCUGAUCCCCCACCCCCGCCCCCACCACACCCCCACCAUGGCAGUGGUGGCAUCAGCCCACCACCGCCCAUCACACCACCCUCUAUGGGGGUGACUGUGGCUGGGGCCUACCCGCCAGGACCCCACACGCACCCCGGGCUGCUCAGGGGAGGUGCUGGGGGACUGGGCAUCAUGGGGUUGCCUCCUCUGCCUGCCCCAGGCGAGCCUUGCCCCCUGGCUCAGGAAGAGGUGAUUGAAAACAACAGAGCAGCUGACCCCCGUCCCAACGGGGACCCAGCAGCAGCCGCACUAGCCCAUGAGGACUGCCCGGCCAUUGACCAGCCAGCUGUGUCUCCAGAGGACAAGAGCCCCAUCACACCAGGAAGCCGGGGUCGUUACAGCCGGGACCGAGCCUGCUUCCUCGUCACUGACUAUGCCCCUUCCCCUGAUGGCUCCAUCCGGAAAGGUUACGAGAAGUCUCGGAGCCUGAGCAGCAUCGCGGGCCUGAGCGGGGUGUCCCUGCGCCUGGCGCCCCUUGCCACCCCCCCUGGCUCGCCCCGGGCCACCCGCCGAGCUCCCCCCACCCUGCCCUCUAUCCUUUAGCGCUCCCCUCCCCCCUGUGGGGGGACUCGGGGGUGAUGGGACGGUGAAAAGGAGCUGGGGUGGGGGUGGGGGAAAGGGUUCUUUUUCUAAAAAACAAAGUCAAAAAGUCAUUACUAAUAUGCAAAAGAGAUGGCGACGCCAGCAGACACCCCUGGACCCCUCACCCCCCCACGGGCCCCCAUGAUAAAGGGGGAGGGGCCAGAGCCUGCCCCCCCAAACUUCCUCCCCCUUCAAAACAAAACAAAACAAAACAAACAAACAAAAAAAAACCUCAGGUCUCCGUGAGCCAUAGGACACCCCUAUCCAUCGACUCCUGUAAAUAAUGCCACUUAAUGCCAAUUCCAUCUUGGGGCACCCCCACCCCCCAGUUUGCAUGCCUCCUCGGACCCCCUCCUCAGCAAUAAGUGCUGCUCGCAGAGUUGGAGGGGAGGAUGCUAGGAGCUUCAGGGUUCAGGACUGACCAUUUAGGGGGUCUCCUAGUUUCCUGAUCACUCUCAGGUGGGCGACCCCACCCAUCAGUAAUUGAUUCA